AUGAAAUGGAAGAAAAUGGUAAAAAGGGUUAUUACAUUAUUUGUUGAUGUGUAUUCAACAAGUAUUUAUACUUCCCACUAUUCUCAGAUAGGUAAGGGAAAAGGAGAUGAAAAUUUACAAAACUUGACUUUCGUACAUGCAGCAAGGGAUGGUCAUUAUUUUGUUAAUAAUAAUGAUAACAAUAAAAAGAGGAAUAUAAAAAAUCAUAAUACAAUCAAAGAUGUACCAUCCGAUAUAAAGGAGAAUGUUAGCUUCCUUGAAAAUUGUACAAUCAAUAGUUGUAUAAGGGUAGAGAACAAAGACCUGGAUACCUCAUCGGAAGGGGGGAUUGUUCAGAAUCUGGUGCAGGGAAAAGAUAACAGUGAAAAAGGAAAAGACGAAAAGGGGAGCAGUAAUAUUAACAACAGUAGCAGUAGUAGUAACAAUAGCAGUAGUAGUAACAAUAGCAGUAGUAGUAACAAUAACAGUAGUAGUAACAAUAGCAGUAGUAGUAACAAUAGCAGUAGUAGUAACAGUAACAGUAGUAGUAACAGUAACAGUAGUAAUGGCGGGAAAAAUGAAGAGGGAAAAGCUGACCCCGGUCAUGUCGAAAGUAGUAGUAAGGCCUCUGCCCAGAUGUUGAAAGAAUUAAAAGCAAAUGUACUCCAAGGAAACGAAAAAGAAAAAAGAGAAGAUAAUAAAGAGAAAGAGAAAUCAAAGAAAAAGGAAAAGAUAAAGGAAGAAAAAAAUGGAGGAAGCGGCGGCGGAAGUGGCACCGAAAAAACAAACGAAGCAAACAAGGGUGAACAAAAAGAGGAAUAUGAAAACAACGAUGAGGAUAACGUAGACAUAGAGGAAGAGGAGAAAGACUCGGAUGAUGAAAAAGAUGAUGUAGAGGAAAAUUUAGACGGAGAGAUUGAGGAUGAAUACGAUGAAGAUGAUGAAGAGCAGAAGGGAAAGGUCAAAAAUAAAAGCAGCGAUGAGGAUAAAGAGCAAAGCAACGAUAAGGGUAAAGAGCAAAGCAACGAUAAGGGUAAAGAGCAAAGCAACGAUAAGGGUAAAGAGCAAAGCAACGAUAAGGGUAAAGAGCAAAGCAACGAUAAGGGUAAAGAGCAAAGCAACGAUAAGGGUAAAGAGCAAAGCAACGAUAAGGGUAAAGAGCAAAGCAACGAUAAGGGUAAAGAGCAAAGCAACGAUAAGGGUAAAGAGCAAAGCAACGAUAAAGGUAAAGAACAAAAUAGAGAAAAGGUAGAGGAGGUAAAUAAGGGGAGUAGUAAUAAUAAGGGUGAGGGGAAGAAGAACAACGAAAAAGACCAGGGGAAGAAUAAAGAGGAUGGAAACAAGAAGGAUGUAGAGCAAGUUAAUAAUAAUAAAGAUGAAGAAGAGAAAUUGAAUGAAGGGCAGGUACAAAAGAAAGAUAAAGCAAACGAUGUCGAUAAAGCAAACGGUGUCGAUAAAGCAAACGGUGUCGAUAAAGAGAUGGAAGAGGAUGAAGAGAAGGAGGAGGACGAAGAGAAGGAGGAGGACGAAGAGAAGGAGGGGAACGAAGAAAAGGAGGACGAAGAAAAAGAGGAGGAAGGAAAAUUAAAAAAAAAGGAAAAAAAAAAAGAUAACAACGAUGUUAAUGAAAGAAUGAACGAUAUUGAAGAAGAAAAGGAAAUGGAAGAAAUGGAGGAAAAGGAAGAAGGUGAACAAAACGAAAGUACUGAAGAAAUGAGCAAAGAUAAGAAGCAAAAUGAUGAAAAGGUAGACGGAAAAGGUACCAAUGUAUAUAUAAAUGGUGAAAGAGAAAAGGAGGAAGAUGCACAAAAGUACAGUCAAAUGAAUAUAGCUUAUAAGAAGAAAGGAAAGCUUCAGGAGGAAACACUGCACCCACUUAACAAUGAGAAAGUCUGGAAUCCCUCAAAGGAAAAAAAUAAAACAUAUGAUGAAUCCCAUAUGUUUACUAUAGACAAAAAGAUGCACAAAAGUUUGUCGAGUAUUAACGGAAUCCUCCGUGGUCUAAACGACAAAUUGAAUCGACAUAAAGAUUUGAAAAAUAAAGAACUGAGGCUAAAAUUCGAGGCUAUGGGGAGAAUAAAUGAAUACAAAAUAUACAAUGAGGUCAUUCAAAAAUCUGUUGAAAUUCUGACCAUCCGAUUGAUGAAGAUCAACGAUGACUUGAAAAAGCUAAAACAUUCUUCGGAUGUUGCCCUUCAAAAAUACAUGAACGAAAAGGGUUACGGAAUGAUGAAAUUCUCGAAUUUAACAAAAUACGAUAAUUCAGAAGAGGAGAAGAUUCUCAAAAGAGACGCAACAGGUAGAGCUGAAGGGAAAAAAGGGGGUCGUUUGCAUUGUCCUGUUGACUGCAAUAGGGAAACGUGCUAUAACAAGCCCUCUCAUCCAACUCAGUGCUACAAAUUAGAGCAGAGAGGAAACGAAAUUAAGAAAAUGUGCGAACCUUUUGUGGAUGUCCACAAUGCCACAUGCAGAACGGAUUUUCAUCACUGUGCUAUAGCAGAACCAGAACGAAAUAAAAAAUACUCCAUCUUUGUAUCGAAUGAGCACGAAGGAACCCCUCAGUUCAUCACAAUAAGAGGAUACAAUUUGCAUGAGUGUCUACAGCUGCUUGUUGUUAACCAGGGCUCAUCAUGCUCUCCAAUGAGCAUUGAAAAAAACAUAACGGAGUCGAGUGAAAUACUGGCGGAGCCUGUUCUAACAAAGCUUUUGCACAAUGAAAUUCUGCUGGAGAAUAUUAAGAUAAGCAAAGCAGGAGAGUACAACAUCUGCUUAGCGCAGUUCUACCAGGAACCGGAAGAGGAGGAUCUUCUAUCGAAGAACAAGUCCAACAAGAAUAAAAAAAGGAAAAAAAAUGAUAUGAAAAUUUUAGGUAUAGACACUAUCGGCGCUUUGUACGUUUUACCAGUGCCCUCCAAAAAAGGACACUCUUGA